ACAAAGCCAUCCCGGGCCUCUGGAGGGUUUGAGAUCCUCUACCCGAGAGAGCAGACGGGUCUGGCUUCAAAGGAGAGGAUCAGCAGGGGACGUCGCCCUUAGAGAGCCCCACUGACGGGAAAGGAGACAUCACACGCACUGUGAGCACUCAGAAGUGGAGAAAGAGGUAAGACAGAGAGAACUGAAGACAUCCCCAUGGCUGUGAAGGGCACCUCUCUCCCCACAACUCUCUUGGAUGUCUUCUCCACCUCCUCUUAUGAUGGCUACAAUCAUGACGAUGCGGUCCGGAAGCAAGCGCUCAUCAAUAAAAUGCAUGUGGUCACUAUGAUCAUCUAUUCCAUUGCCUUCGUGCUGGGAGUGAUGGGCAACGGGCUGGUCAUCUUCAUCACCGGCUUCCGGAUGAAGAGGACGGUCAACACCAUCUGGUUUCUCAACCUGGCCGUGGCCGACUUCAUCUUCACCUUCUUCCUCCCCUUCAGUGUGGCCUACACAGCCCUGGGCUUCCACUGGCCCUUUGGAAGGGCAUUGUGUAAGAUCAACAGCGCUUUGGCUUUCCUCAACCUCUAUGCCAGCGUCUAUCUCCUCAUGGUCAUCAGCAUAGACCGCUGCAUCUCCGUACUGCACCCUGUGUGGGCCCAAAACCACCGCACACCCCACCUGGCUUUACUGGUAGCCUUGGGUGUGUGGGUCGUGGCCUUCGCCUUGUGUUCUCCAAACCUAUACUUCCGCCACACGGCACCCUCCCCAUACAACAAGAACAUCACCAACUGCUACAACAAUUUCGACACGGCCGGGGAAGGGGCUACCAAAGAGCAGAAAGACAGGUCGGAAAACACAAACCACCGGGCCAUGAUCAUCAGCCGCUUUAUAUUAGGCUUCCUUAUCCCCUUCACCGUCAUCGUGUGCUGCUACAGUGCCAUCUUGGCCAAGGUAAGGAGGAACCAACUGGCCCGAUCUGGGAAGCCCUUCAAGGUCAUCGCCGCCGUGAUCGUGGCUUUCUUCCUCUGCUGGCUCCCCUACCACAUCUUCUCCUUCCUGGAGAUGAACCGGACACCCAGCCUGGACACCACCCUCAUUGUCGGCCUCCCCUUGACCGCCAGCCUGGCCUUCAUCAACAGCUGCCUCAACCCCAUCCUCUACGUCUUCAUGGGUCAGGACUUCAAGGAGAAGCUGCGCCGCUCCCUCUUCUCAGCCUUCGAAAGUGCCUUCAGCGAGGAGGCCGCCAGCACCGUUGCGAACACGAAGAGCAAGUCCACAGACACGGACUCCCAGGUCUUCUAGGCACCAUGCGUCUGCUGAGAGCUGGGAACCUCAGCUGUGUUCGGCCAGAAUCUCUCUCCCACAUCAACCGGGGCAAAAUUGACCCAAUGAACUCCACCCUUCCAUAGACAUGAUUCCCUGCUCAGCUCUGUUUGUGUUGAUAUACCCCUGCCAGGGAUGGUCUAGGUUCGCUUGGUCCUGUCUCGCCAUGGAAGAAGAGGCUUGAAAGCCUCUUGAGGUUCCUUCUAACCAUACAUUUCUGUGAACAGAUGCUUCCAUAUGGAUAGAUAGAAGCCAACGAAGAACAAAAUGCCAUCACCCGGUGGUGGGAUCCUUUGCUGAUUUCUCUGUAGUAAAUGCAUUCAGCGAGCAUAACUCGAGCAGCAUUUUCUAUACCCAAGCGUGAUUUUGGGGGCAUCCAGCUGGAGAUAUCUAGUGUUCGGAGGGACUUUGUCGAAAUAACAUCCUUUAAAAUGGCUCCAUUUGGUUUCUGAGAACAAACACUUAAACCUUGGCUUUUCUCCUUUCCUCCUUAAUAGCAUGUAUCUCAGUUUCUUAAUUAACAGAGUUUUAUUGGAAGCUGAGGCUGUAUGAAAUAAAAUGCUUGUGCUUGCA